AUGACACAGCUGAAGCUGCAGAGCAUCACUGAUUCUGAGGUCGGCUUCCUGAAGGAGUUCGCUCAAGUGAUGACCGAUGUUGCCGAGUCCUUGGUUAAGAUCCGGGGCUUUGUCCUAUCAGGCCUAUCUCGGGAGCCUACUGUCAACUGUAGCAGUUACCAUCAUGAAGUAGAUGGGGGCCAAGUCCAACGGCCUCCUGUACCGCAGUCCUCUGAUAGACGCAAUGCUGGCAGCAAUGACGAGGAUGGGAAAGAUGACUUCAUCAGCAGGAUCAACCAGCCCCCAGGAGUGCAGCAGGAGAUACAGGUAACGCUUGUGAAGUGGAAUGAGCCAUACCAGAAGCUGGCGACAUGUGACUCAUCAGGCAUAAUCUUCGUGUGGAUCAAACACGAGAGCCGCUGGAGCAUCGAACUCAUCAACGACCGCAACACUCCAGUGACUCACUUCUCGUGGAGCCACGAUGGCCGCAUGGCGCUCAUCUGCUACCAGGACGGCUUCGUGCUGGUUGGGAGCGUGGCAGGCCAGAGGUACUGGUCCAUGAUGCUCAACAUCCAGGCCGUCAUCAGUGCUGGUGUCUACGCGCCUGAUGAUCAGCAGGUUUACUUUGGUACGAGCUCAGGGCAGCUGCUAGUUAUGGACGUUCACGGGACGAUGGUAGCACAAGUGACGCUACUCGAAGACACAGCCAUCACAUCACUGGCUUGGUCGUGUCAAAAGUUCAAGAUGGAAGAAACAGAGGAAAGCAGGAGCAGCAGUGGCAGUGGAGGUGACAACGCAAGCGACAACUCCAACUCUUCCACAAGUAAUGGUGGAGAUGGUGCUGGUGGUGCUGGUGGUUCCUCUAGAUCUCAUAACGGCGCUGGUGGUAGUGGCAACGUUACUGCUUCUGGUGGCUCGUCCAUACACCAUUCCGUGGACAGUGCUGGGGAUAAUGGUAACAACGAUGGAGAUGAUACUACCGGAAGAAAUGAAAGUUCCACUAGAUCUCACAAUAACGUCACUAGAAGUAGUGGUAGUGGUGAUAGUGAAGGGCGGGAAGCUGCCAUUAAUUCAACUGCAACCUCGGCUUCCUGCUCUGUCGAUGAAGCUUCUUCUCAAACUCUUGGCGCUGAACGGCAAAGCGACGACCAACGAAGAGCUGAUAAUUUUAAGCCAGAUUCAUCAGCAGGUCCUUCAAACAGAACCACCGAGAAUGCCUCGGUUGGCGAGGGUUCAAGCAAAACCACAUCUCAUGCUUCCACCUGUCAGAGUCCUAGAACCACGAACCACCUGCUGAGACCACCAGCUGAGAACACUAGUAGUAACAGAAGUAGUCUUAGGGCGCCAACCAGCUCUAGUUCCCGAGUACCAGGUACCAGUGAGAACGAGAGAACAGCUAGUAGCAACAAGAGUGGUUCCACUUCAGCAUCUGGUGCCAAAGGCGAAGAUAGACAGCACCUUUUGGCAGUUGUUUUCUCUACUGGGAGAAUAUAUCUCAUCAAAAGUCAUGACGAUGUGACUCCUAUUGUCAUCGAUACUGGCCUUGCAGGCGUGCAUGCCGAGUGGUCGAAUUCGGCCGAGCUGCUUGCCACCGCCGGCCAUUGGCAGGGCGACAGGCCGAGUGGCUCGUCAACUUCCAUGGGGUCAUCUUCGUCUGCAGGUUCAUCAUCCUCGUCGUCGUCUAGUGCCAACAACUCGCGCUUGUUUGUCGCUGCAGGACCUCAGCUUUACAUCAGCAGAGUCUCGCGCAGAGUUGCAUCGCUACAGCUUCUAUGCAGACUGUCGGUGAAGGAAAGAGUUCGCAGCGAGCCGCAGCUUCCUUUGCUGCCGCUGCCACGACGUCUUCAAGCGCAGCUCAGUCCCCUCUACAGCCACACAAUCAGGCCACGACGUCUCCAAGCGCAGCUCAGUCCCCUCUACAGCCACACAAUCAGGGGUUACGUGCCAGAUCCACUCCAGCUUCGUGACUUCGUCUGUCGACCUCCGUCCUCCUGCCAUCGUCUGCACUGUACUAUGAUACGCCACGACGAGGAUCUCAUUCCCACACCAGGGACGUGUUACACUCUGUACCUGGAGUACCUUGGUGGCUUGGUGCCACUACUCAAGGGCAAGAGAACGUCCAAAAUAAGGCCUGAGUUCGUCAUAUUCGAUCCUCAGAGUGAAGAGCCGAGCCCGCGGCCGUCCACAGGCUCCCACGCUAUGUCUGGUGGAGUCGGAGGAGGCUCGGCCGCCGGUGGGGCGGCGCUGGGGCGACCGCUGAGCGACUCCUCCGACACUGAGCACGAGGACAUGUGCGCCUCGCCGCGUCUGCAGCGCCGGAGGAAACUUAGGAGAAGAAUGCGAGAGCGGCUGGAGAGCGAAGCCGACGACCUGGUAUAUCUUGACACCCUGCCUGAGCACAAUAGACUUGUUGAAGUCACAUCAAACAUCUGGGGCACAAAGUUCAAGCUUCACGGAGUUGCGUCGUCACUCCCUCCCAACCUGUUUGUUGUUAACAUUGACUCCGACCCUUCCUUCAAUCCAAAUGUCUUCUCGGAAGAUGAAGAAGAUAUUGAUCGCGAAAAUCCGGAAGGGUCAGCGUCCCUACCUUCCGAUGUUCCUCCUAUCGCACCUAUGACUCCCCGUCGCACGCCUUCUUCUUACUCCAGACACGAUAUGAUUACUCCGUCCCCUUCGCCUUGGGAUGCAACCUCCACCGAGGAGGCGUCCGGUAACACAGCAGCUGCUAAUAAAGCAGCAGAAGAUUAUACAGUGAAUAACCCGCGUGGAAGUCAUCUUGAGGAGCCAGUCCCUCAAGAUGACGACGAUAUUUACGUAGAACUUUCAGCGCCUGAAAUCCAGCAUGUAAGAGAAGCGCUGUGUCAAGAAGCUAAAAGUAGUGCAAAUCUCACUUCGUCUGAUGGAAGUCAUGUUCGUUCGCAACACCUCGGUCACGUGCCACUGAACACGAUGCAUUCCGUAUCCUCUGUUAGCUGUGAUCAGAGUCCUCCCACGAGUCUUCCGCCGACUCCAUCCAGAUCUCCAUCUCGAUUUUUCGAUUUUGAUAGAAAAAAAUUCUCCACUAGUAGACCUCUCGAUGUCGAGUCUGCCUUAGCAACGACCAGCAAAUUUUUUAGAUGGGAUUCCAAAGAAGGUAGAAAAAAGACGACCACCGAAGCUCUGCUUCGUCAACUCAAUACCCUCACGGUGGCCGCUCCCACUUCUCCGCGUCUACAUGGCUCAUCAGGGCUUCCACAUCCCCAGUCCUCGCUCCAUGUAGGCCCAAGUUCUAGCUCUGCAGUGCAACCUAAUGAAGUUGCCAACAAACUGGGUCCACAUCAAGCACUUACAUCAGCAGACAGCAGGCUAGAAGUGAUCCGUUUUAUCGACGAAGAAAGUGGAGAGUCGGACUCCCGAUCCUUCUCUCCCUCUCCCGCACGCACGACACCAAAAACCCCUUCCUGCGGCUCGACGUUUUCUUCUGGCGGCGGUACGCUUGCAUCGACCAUCGCCACUUCGCUGGCUAACACCUUCAACGGCGUCUCGACCUCUCCUCGCCGGCGCGCUCGCAGCAAGAGCGUCGGGCAGCUACAGGCCUUUGAGGUCAUCAUGGCUGCCUCUUCUAGUCUCUCCGCUUGCGCUCCAAAGUCAAACACUGCAACUGUUGCUGAAGUUUCACAGGGGCCGUUCCAUCAAGUGCAAUUAGCGCAACAUGUCCACAGCUUACAGCAGCUGACAACCGUGGAUGCCUUCCUUGCUUUUCGACGAACCAUGUCGCUCAAAGACGGAAAGAAGGGCCGUGCUUUGAACGGCAUUACGUGGCCGAAGUUACAGCAUUACGGUAAAAGCCGCAGUCUCGAUUCUUCUCUACUUCUGCUCACAAAACGGAACCUUCUGCUCAAUACAAUAAAUACCCUCAAUGCAAAUCAGCAACAGAAAAAUGCUACCAUAAACGACGACGAUAGCAAGCUUAUCAUCACCAGCAACAACAACGCUCAUCAUCACGACAGCAGCGUAACCACCAGCACAUCACCCUCCGAGAGCGCUUCCUCUACUUCAGUGGGUUUGGCAACUCGAAGCCCGCAAGCUCAGUGUUUUCGUUCUGAACACAACCCAUCAAAACAGUACCCCUGCAACAACAUUAAAAUUUUACCAAAAUCACAUCUUAGGCACCAAAGUCCUUCUCGUUCUCCUCUGUGUGACGACCGUAGUAGCGUUCUGAAAUUUAAACCUAAUAGUCAAAAUAGCCAACUUCCAUCGUCACCAAAUAGUACUUCCUCUCUUUUGAGAAGACUUCCGGCUGGCGUGAUUGGUCAUCGAAGAUUUAGUAGCCAAUCAAAUUUUGUACCCGAUUCACUUCGGAAACCUAAUUUCUGUCAUCAACGUCAGCACAGUUUAGGAAACGCAUGUGUCGCACAGACUGUAAAAAUGUCGUCGGAAACGAAUGAGCUAGCAAGACCUGCCCAUCCAUCAUGUGCAGCCCUUAAUUCAUGUUCAAAUUAUGACUCGUUGGAAAAUCUGAACAGUUUGUCAGACCCUCAGUCCUGUGAUCAUCCUAAAUACAACAAUAACAAGAUAUUAGGGAACCGUAUCGAUUCGUUUAGUAAUAUUACGAGCACAUGUGAUGUCAUUGGAAGCGAUUGCACCACGAAAACUUUUGAUGGUAAUUCUAACACCAGAGUUGAAAUUAAUCACCCACACUCUCCCUCCCUGCACCCCCAGCACUCUCAUCACCAUCACAAAGUUUACCAAAAUCAUUACCAGCACUAUUACCACAAUUCUUCGUUGCGUGUGGAGACUCUUGAGCGGCAGCAAGCGAAGGGACUUAAGGAGAGCGCGUUAACCGAAAGGUUGGCCAUCCUGCAGCGUCAAUGCUCAUCUCCUUCACGUCAACCUACCGCGUCUCCAACUCGAAGUCCACCAACGCCUUCUCGCCUCCCGCCAACUCCAUCACGGGUACCGCCACUUCCUCCUCCACGUACCCAGCCAACUCAAGCACGUGGUCCUCCAACUCCUACGCGAACACCUCCUACUCCUACUCAUGGGCCUCACACAUCUCCUGCCCACCAGUCUCCAAACCUCACGAUGCGUCCUCCGUACCCUCAACCUCCUCCAACACCACGACACACGCCAUGCUCUACUCCUGAGAGCCAAAGACGCGCUCUGAAGUACAGUCAGCACCCCCCACAGUCGCCUAGAAGACACGUUUACGCUCAAUUGCACACCUCGUCUCAUAAUAACCGAGCUCAGUAUCCGGGAUCACCACCAUCUUCUUCCUCAUCUUUAGUCCGUUAUCAUAACAAUAGUCAAAAUUCCCACUGCCAAUGUACCUCAACUUACGGCGACUCGUCCAGUAGAAAUGACUGUUGCAGUAGUCACAUGAGGGAGAACAGUUGCCGCGAAGUCGGGUAUUGUGUAUGUAAUGACAACGAUGGUGUGGGAGGUGAUCAUGGUGCUGGUGAAGACCAAGGAACUUCCGUAGAUGUCUCCUUAUGUCAUGGAUCAAAGAGUAUUCCCAACACUCCUGCCAGGUCCCGCAAGCAACGCCGACAUCAAUCCUCUUCUCCGAUCAGGAAGCACAUCCUGAGCUCGCCCUUGUUAUCGCGGCGGCGUCAGCGACGUGGAGCUGUUGAGAGUUCAGACGAAGAGUUGCUGCACUGCUCCAGUGACGCUGAGAUCUUGUGCUCCUCUUCAAACUACCGUGACCUCGAGACCUUCCAAAAGACUCAGCUCAGAAAUAAGUUGCGGCGGUCGCGCGGACGCAGUGACGGUCUAGGGACAGGGAGCUGGGGAGGCGGGGUGUCAUUUGGAUGUCCAAAUGACGUCACAAUAAAUGCUCCUCCACCUCCCCCACCAAUCCCCCGACACAAACAGUUCAUGAUGCACAACAAAGCUCCAUUUUGGAACGACAACUCGCAGGUCUAUCAAUUGGACUUUGGUGGAAGAGUAACGCAAGAAUCAGCAAAGAAUUUUCAGAUUGAAUUCAAUAAUUCUGCUGUUAUGCAAUUCGGGCGCAUAGACGGGAAUGCCUACACUUUAGACUUCCAGUAUCCCUUCAGCGCCGUGCAGGCCUUCGCCGUGGCUCUGGCCAACGUCACGCAGCGACUCAAGUGAUACAAACUGCAUCCUGAAAACACGGACACGUAUAGCCACAACGUCGUCAUCCUAGAGUUUUGGUAACAAUCGACGAAGAGCUCCGUUUUCUUUGUUAUCACGGCCUCCGUUUUCUGUGUGCGCUUGUAAGGCUAACUACUGUGUAACACUUCUUCCUCUCUGUGUACGUAAUUCCGCUGCUAUCGAUGUUCUUACCUACUAUAAUAACAGCUUCAUCAGAGAUUGAGAUCCAGCAUAUAUGGUUUUGGCUUCAUCUAUAAUUACGAUUCAAAGUAAUUAUCCUGGCUUGCAGUUUUCUAAUAUUAGGUUUUCGCAAUAUCGGCUAAGAUAGUAAAACAAAUAAUGUAAUAGUAAAACUACCUGUAAGAAAGAGGCUCAGCUCAGCCUCAGCUGCCCGGUGACGUACGGAAUGGUGUGCGAGAGGACACGAAGAAAAAAUUAUGAAUUAUUCAUUAAACAUCAAAUCUGUUCAAAUUUUGAUCAUAAUGUGGAACUGUUGACGAUAAAUCCUAUACGUUUCCAUCAUAUUAGGUUCUUUACCGUGCUCAAGAAGACGUCGGAUUUUACUGUAUAAAGGCACGAUUCAUCAUCCAUGGGGUUUUACGAUAUUUUUUAAAUACUUCACGGUAAUAUGUGGCUAGCUGACUUGUAUUGGCCAAUGCAAAAAAAAUGUCUAAUGACAAACAAUCAUAUUCGAACUGUUAUACAAUUGAAAUUUUCAUUUAUUGGACAAUUUCCUAAUGUGUUUACAAUUGUUGACACCAAUUCACUAAUUCGUUUCAUACUAAUCAACUGGCCUGCAAAGUCUACUUUCGCCCACUAUACAGAUAAACCGUUCAUUGAUCAUUUCCAAUGUAUGCAAUCGUCAUUUCGAUGCGAUCGAUAGCUGAUCGUUCAUUAUUUUCAGAGCCUGAAGAGAAAGUACGAUGUAGUCAUAAUGAACAUAUCAUCAUCAUCAAUGAACAAGUGAAUUAAAAGUGACAUGUUGACCUACGAACGAUAUUGGAACUCCAACUCCUAGUGUACAUUUUUUUUGUCUAGCGCUCUUUCGUGUACAGUUAUCGGUGAGUUGCGAACUCCGCCCUAUUUUUGUGAUUUGUGUGUCUUAUGGUAUUUUGGGGAUUGUAUAUGUAUCAUUGCCAAUAAUAUUUAAGAUUAUUUGCCAAGCCCACCUUAUCCGUGUUCUAAAUUAGAAAGGGCAAGCAAGUUAAACAAACAAGUCUAAGUAAUCCUGCACAGUUCGGGAUCUUUCCGAAGUGCUCGAAAACUAAAUUACAUAUUUCAUCAUCCAUUAAAAUUAUGCUGUAUAAGUCAAUUCCAAUCCCAACAAUGAAUGAAAACUUUCCAUUAUUUCAACCGAAAUUAGGUGAAAUACCGUAUGAAAUCUACAGUCGGUUUACUGAUACAACAUGACGUAACUAACGCCGAGAAUUAUAGAAUUAUUUUUGCGAUGCUCAUAUUACGUCAUUUCUUUCUUAUAGUAACUUGCUACAAAUUCAAUACUAGUGCUUUUGAUUUAGAUCAACUUAAAGAUUUCUGUCGCAGCUAUAUGCAUAUAUUUAGCGCAUUUUCUCAUUUAUGGAAAAAAGGCGCUUUUGUGCUCGCC